UCUCCCCGUGUGUGUGUGACGAAAAAACCUCAACUCGUACCCUCCGCUCUCUCUCCCUCGCUCUCUCUCACUAUCUGAGGAAACCCUAAACUUGAUCCCUAGGACUCCCCUUCUGCGCUGUCUCGCUCCCUCUAUUUCUCUCCUUCGCACACACUCCUCCGCGGGACGCGCGUUCGAAACGGCAGGAUGAUGACGGGGGCAUCGGCGCGGAGAAUUAACGGACCCGUCAGGACGCUGGCGUUGCUGCUCCUCGUCACGCUGACACGCGGUGGCGUGGCAGCCCAGGAGGACGAGGUUUACACGGGGGAGGGCGAGGUGACUGCGGAAGAAGCAGCAAUGGUGAACGCAGAUCCCAUCCGAGGGGAUAUGAUCGCGGACACUUCAGAGGAACCUGCGCUGGCGACGCCCCAGGUCCAGAUCUUCGUGUGGCCCGACCCCCACUUCACUAACCCAACUUACGCCCCAGAUGUGAUGGACAUAGGUGAAGAAAAAGACCUCACUACGCCUGUUGCCCCAGAGGGGGAAGGGAAGGUUGAGCCUGCGGCGGAGGUGGAGCAUCACAGGGGGGAUGGAGGUGAAGAUGACCUCCCCCAGACCCAGACCCAAGCCCCCAUGAUCCCCCACACCUCCCAGGCCAGCGGCGGAGUCCUCCUUCCUGAGGCUGACGUUAUGUGUGUAAACAAGGAGAAGGUACAGGACAAAGAUGCAGUCAGUCUGACACUGAAGACCUCGUCCUCAUGUGAGGAAACCAGGUUGAAGAUCGAGAGUGUGCUGGAGCAUCUGUGUGGUCCGGAUUGUAAGCUGGAGGUGUACCAGGAAGACAACACUAACCAGAUCCUCAUCUCUGGACCGUACAUAGAUGAAGAUGCUAAAGGAAUGGCGGAAAAGUUCAACAAUGACAACAUUAAAGAUAAGAUUGACGUGGAGGAUGCCGUUCCCCGCUGGGGUAAGAACUCCAGGGUUGUGCUGGUGUCCCUGCUCCUGGCUGGUCUGCUGUUGGCUGCUCUGCUGGUGGCAGGAUAUUACCUCAAGACUCACCGUGGCAACAAUGCCAAGGGAGUCCGACUGGCUGAGUCCUUCCAGGUGGACGAGGAGAACCAGGCCAACACCCUGGUGUCGGUGGCCCCCCUGCAGCCUCAGGAGCCCGUGGACAAACCCACCGUCAACGGGGAGUCCUCGCCCGACGACGGCAGGAGCCAGUCCACGCCCACCAAUGGACACUCUGCCACCCAGACCCCCGUGGCCGACACCCAGAUGUAGAGGAGCUACGGCACCCUUACACCCUCCUUCUCCACCUCCCUCUCCACCCUCUCCCUCCCCACGUCUCCCUCCUCCUCCCUCCCCACUCUUAACCAAUCCAGCCCCCACCCUAGCCUUAAUCCAGCCUCUACCCUAUCCUCAAUCCAGCCCCUACCCUAGCCUCAAUCCAGCCCCUACCCUAGCGUCAAUCCAGCCCCUACCGUAGCCUCAAUCCAGCCCCUACCCUAGUCCCAAUCCAGCCCCUACCCUAGUCCCAAUCCAGCCCCUACCCUAGCCCCAAUCCAGCCCCACUCCCCUACAUUCUGACGAUGACAACGCCAAGAACUGGGAUGAUAACAAUGAUGCCUGUAAUGUGAAGAAACUUGGGACCACUGGCCCCUGCUAAAUAGGUGGCAUUAGAGGAGCCUGAGUUUGGAAGUCUGGACAAUAACCAAAAGCCACCAUGAAAACAAAGGCAUAUAGCUGCCAUGACAACAACAACAUAUAGCUGCCAUGACAACAGCAGCAUAUAGCUGCUAUGAAAACAGCAGCAUAUAGCUGCCAUGACAAUAGCAGCAUGGCUGCUAUGACAACAACGGCAUAUAGCUGCACGACAACAGCAGCAUGUGGCUGCUAUGACAACAACACCAUUCAUGUAGCCACCUUAAAAACAACAGGAACUUCCACUGCUGUCCAGAAACAAUUAAGCUGUCCAGAAAACUGAAAAUAAAACCAAAAGGGUAAAGUGAGGUUUCAUGUUGUUCCCAGAGUGGAAGUGUUUAUUGAACCUAACUGAACCUUACAGCUGAAACGGUCUGUUGAGUAGAAAAAGGAACAUUUGUUUAGUGCAUGGCUAGAUUGCAUGAUCUGUGUAGCUAGCAACUGUUUGUGACUGACCGGCACGAAGACUUACACAGGAUACGAGAAGGCUUGAGGGAGGGGGAAGACCAUGUCUUACAUCUUUGUGCUGACUCCUAUCAGUGAUGUCAGUCUGUAGAGAUGAGAAAGCUUCACAGGGAAGACAAAUACGACUGGUCAGUCAUCUGACCAGGUCUCACCAAAGACCAGCCAUCCACACUGAGAGAAAACAGGCUGUGUUUGUUUGUUCCACAAUUUUGUAGUGUGUUGCUAUUUUUCAUUGCGCCAACUUUCUAUUGUACAGUUUCUUAAAAUAAAUGAAGACGUGUAGGGUCUUCUUUUGUACCACUGAGUCUGCGAGAAUGUUGAACUCCGGAGUAGCAUUUGAUCAUUUCCCUGAAGCAGGACUAACAGAUGUGGAGAUUCUAUGCUGGACAAAUCCAGAGAUCCAGUUUCUUUAGUGGCACUGCCGUGAAAACCCAUCAACUUUUCGAAUAAUUUGUUAAAUAGUUACAAAACGACUCCUAGCUUCUCUUUAAAUGUGUUCAUUUUGAAACUAUGUACUUUUUCUUACGCGGAUGAAAGUAAACAUGUAUUUUAGCUUUGUUUUUGGUUUGAAUGACUUGUUUUCAUAAAGUGUUAAUCAUGUAAAUAAGCCCCACUACCAAACUCUGUUGGUAAUAUCUGUGUGUCUUAUAAACUAUAAUAGUGCCAAUAAUA